AUGCCCAACCCCAAAAACAGUAAAGGCGGCCGCAAAAACAAGCGCGCCAACAGCAGCGGGGACGAGCAGGAAAAUGGAGCCGGGGCCCUGGCAGUGGCGGGCGCGGCGGGCGCGGCGGCCGGGGGGGCCCUGGCGGCGGCGGCGGGCUGCGGAGCUGCGGCGGCGGGCGCACCCGGCACCGGGGGCGCGGCGGGCGCGGGAGGCGCGGGGCCGGGCGCCGCCAACGCCGCGGCCGCCGCGGGGGCUGCAGCCGCGGGCGACGCCAAAAACGAAGCCCCUUGUGCGACGCCCCUGAUCUGCAGCUUCGGGAGGCUGGUGGACCUGGAGAAGGACGACUACCAGAAGGUGGUGUGCAACAACGAGCAGUGCCCGCACAGCUCCUGGAUGCACCUGCAGUGCUUCUACGAGUGGGAGAGCAGCAUCCUGGUCCAGUUCAACUGCAUCGGCCGCGCCCGCAGCUGGAACGAGAAGCAGUGCCGCCAGAACAUGUGGACCAAGAAGGGCUACGACCUGGCCUUCCGCUUCUGCUCCUGCCGCUGCGGCCAGGGCCACCUGAAGAAGGACACGGACUGGUACCCGGUGAAACGGAUGCAGGACGAGAAGAAGAAGAAGUCGGGGUCGGAGAAGAACAGCGGGAGGCCCCCCGGCGAGGCGGUGGAGGAGGCCAAGAAGUGCCGGCCGCCCUCCAAGCCCCAGAAAGGCCUGAGCCACGACCUGCCCCGCCGGCACUCCAUGGACCGGCAGAACUCGCAGGAGAAGGGCGGCGCCGGGGCCGGCGCGGCAGCCUAUGGGGCGCGCUCGCCCUGCGGCUCCCCGGGCCAGUCCCCUCCCACUGGCUACUCCAUCCUCUCCCCCGCCCACUUCAGCGGCCCCCGCUCCUCCAGGUACCUCGGGGAGUUCCUCAAGAACGCCAUCCACCUGGAGCCUCACAAAAAGGCCCUGGCCGGGGGCCACGUGUUCCGAAACGCCCACUUUGACUACAGUCCGGCGGGGUUGUCCGUUCAUAGGGGGGGCCACUUCGAUGCGCCCGUGCAGUUCCUCCGGCGCCUGGACCUGUCCGAGCUCCUGACUCACAUCCCCCGGCACAAGCUGAACACUUUCCACGUGCGGAUGGAGGACGAUGCCCAGAUGGGCCAGGGCGAGGACCUGCGCAAGUUCAUCCUGGCAGCCCUGAGCGCCAGCCACAGGAAUGUGGUGAACUGCGCGCUGUGCCACCGGGCGCUCCCGGUGUUCGAGCAGUUCCCGCUGGUGGACGGAACUCUGUUCUUAAGCCCCUCGAGACACGAUGAGAUCGAGUACGAUGUUCCCUGUCACCUUCAAGGGAGGCUCAUGCACCUGUACGCCGUGUGCGUGGACUGCCUGGAGGGUGUGCACAAGAUCAUCUGCAUCAAGUGUAAGUCGCGGUGGGACGGCAGCUGGCACCAGCUGGGCACCAUGUACACCUACGACAUCCUGGCCGCCUCGCCGUGCUGCCAGGCCCGCCUGAACUGCAAGCACUGCGGGAAGCCAGUGAUCGACGUGCGGGUUGGCAUGCAGUACUUCUCCGAGUACAGCAACGUCCAGCAGUGUCCGCACUGUGGCAACCUGGACUACCAUUUCGUGAAGCCAUUUUCCUCCUUCAAAGUUCUUGAAGCUUAUUGA